AUGGGCGCAAACACCAUCUCCCACUCGACCCCCAAACACAACGAACCCAAUCCCAGAAAGAAACGCUCCUCCCAGCACCCAGCCAGCACCAGACCCCCCAAAUCCCCCCCCGUCAAGUGGAGGAACAGGCAGGUCAGACCCAAACACAAGCUCAAUGCUUCAGAAAAAAAACAGGCGUACGAGCUCUUGAAAAAGUUCAGUGGGCCCAAGAAGUUUGCCUUGCCAGUCGACCUGCCGCCUUGGUCACCGCCCGCAAAGCUCGAUGACAUCACCUCAGACUUGAUCAUCUUCCGGGAUUAUGGCUGCAAUCUUGACGAGUCCGAUCGGCCUGAACCGAGGGAGGAACCAACCAGACAGCCACCCGAGCCAAAGUUCACCCGGAACGACCGGGCCAAACCCACUGGGCCUCCCCCCAACCAAUCAUCCCAACAAUCCACCUCCAGCUCUCACCCGCCAACCACGACAGCUAUCAACACCGCUGUUGCCAGCUCUUCCUCAGCCUCACCCCGCCCGUUCAGCUCGCCAUCGGAUCCCACAAACAAGACCGACAAAGCACGGACUGGCCGGCCCACCCAGCAACGUGAAUCCGCUCCCAACGGCAAGCCUCCCCCCGAUGCGCAGCGUGAUCGAUCGGUGGAGGCUGCCAAAGACGAAGCAAAAAUUCAAGCAGAGAUCGAUUGGAGCGGAUGGGAACUCCAGAGCUACAACCCCAAUGACCUUGAAAGAGUGCAACUCCAGUAUGCUCAUCGCGGCAAAGAAUUCAAACGGUUAUCUGAUUCCCAACGCCUUACGAUUGCCCAAGCCCGGGGAGCCGUCCCAGGCUCUCGGGAGACGCUUACGCCGGAGUUGGUAGCGAUGAGCGACCUCGCGGUCAUCGGAAUCGUCGACUCGCUCCUGCUCUUCACCCAAUCAUUCUUGGCUACUGAGCUCAUUCGACGAUCACGACAUCCUCUUUCCUAG